AUGCGGUGGUAUGUGGACGAAGUGCUGCUGCUGGAAGAAUUUAUCCAUGAGGUGGAGGAGGGAAAAAGUGCGAGCAGCGGUGGGGGCAAUGUCGUCGUGGAGUUAGCAGUAAAGGGGGACGAGAAAGGUGGCAGUGGGGUGAAGCUGGCGGUGGAGCGGAUCGAGUUGGGCUCGGCGGACGCGUCGGACCCAUUGUGCGCGCCGCGGCAUCCAACCGCGAGCAAUUGUCGAGCGCAAGAGUCAUUUUCUCCGCGGCUUGGGUCGGUUCAGGGCUCGCUGUCGGUGGACGAAGUGGAAUCCUACAUCAAUGAAAUAGCCGAAGCGUUUCCUCUCAUCACAAAGGUGGACGUGCUCGGCCAGUCAGUGGAAAAGCGGCCUCUGCGUGCUCUGUGCUUGGGCGCAUGCCACGUCGCUGAAGGCGAGCACGUCCCUCAAGCGCUCUAUACUGGCAUGCAUCACGCUCGCGAGCCAGUAUCGAUGAUGAACUUGGUGUAUACAAUCGACAUAUUGACGACAGACUAUCGCAAUGGAGACCUGGCAGCGUUGGAGCUGCUGUCAUCACGCCAACUCUGGUUUUUGCUGGUUGUGAAUCCUGACGGCUACGCGCACAACGAAAUGAUGCGUGUGUGGGAGCGCAAUAACAUGGGCCAGCGCAAGAGCGCUGCGCCGACUUGCGACAGAAGCCCGCCCGACGCAGGUGUCGACCUCAAUCGCAACUACGAUGUCUGUUUCGCGAUCAACAGCAAGGGCAGCAGCAAUGAUCCCUGUGGCGAUGACUACAACGGACCGACCGCCUUCUCGGAGCCGGAGACGCAAGCCGUUCGCGAUCUGGUGGAGCGCAACACCUCCGACUUCAGCGUGGCCCUCAAUUACCACUCCUUUGGCAAGUACUUCAAUCUGCCAUUCGCUUGCCAGGAUGAAGGCACGCCUACAGAGCCAAACAACUCGGUAUUUGUGGCGCUGGCUCGCGAGCUGGCACAUUUCAACGGAUUCGACUAUGGUCAGUCGUGGAAGGAGGGCAACUUGUACACCGUCAACGGCGAGACGAGCGACUGGAUGUGGCAAGCGCACGGUAUUUUCGCCAUGUCUCCCGAGGUGGGGCCAGCAUUUGAGGUGUCCUCUGUCCCCGGGUUUUGGCCACCGCGUGAAGACGUCCCUCACCUAUCAGCUGAGCUUCACUACACGAACCUGCAGCUCGCGCGCAUGGCAGGACCUAUGUACUCCCUGGCUGUGAAGGGCGUGCAGUUAGGAGCGAUCGCGGAUGGUGACUCGACGUCUUCGUUCGUGUCUGUGGAGGUGGUAGUCUCAAACAGCGGACUUCGACCUGCGUCUGCGGAGUUGUUGGGAUCUGUUUAUGUGAACGGAACGGAUGCCAGUGAGGCUGUGCAUCUUGAGCUCAAGGCAGAGCCGGAGGGUUUUACACAGAGUGCGACUGAGGAGGUUUAUACACUGAUGAUUCCUCAUUUCGGAGACGAUUUCCACAAGUCCAUGAAGGAGAUUGAUGCGCUGUACUUGGUUGUGCGAGACGCCCUCAGCUGUCAUCUCUUCCGUGUCGCUGUUCAUUUCGAUACUGCUGCUGAGAAGACGAACCUACCGAACUUCCAAACGUGGACAGCUCUCCCGCUGCCCCGUUGUGGCACAUGCGAGCGAUUUGGAGCCCCGCAAUCCACCGAUGGAUCCACAGACAAAGCCAGCACCUCUCCGGUUUGCUCAGGAAUGGAGGACGUGGUCGUCUUGAAGUCGGUUCGCACUCGAGAUAUCGGCCAAGCGUCGAAUUCAUCAUCAAUCCUGCCCUCGUCUGUGUCGUGGUCGGGUCCAGUUGCGAUGGCAGCGUUGGCGGCCGUGGUGUUACUUGUGGUGGUCGUGCUCUUCUUCCGCCGUCGUUGCCGGCGAACCAAACAGAAACCUGCCAGGACCAAGGCGGCGUCUGGAGUUCAGAAGAGACGCAGCAACGUGCAGUACUCGCGCAUCGGUGAAGACCCCAACUCUCCUGCAGCCAGCGACAAACAACUCAACUACGACGAUGAUGACGAAGAGUUUGAUUUACUCGACGCCGAAUGCGGAGAGAGAGGCCUGUCGCCUCAAGAUGAGGACGUGGUGGUGUCCAAGGAUCGUGCAACAUCUCCUCGUAGAACGUCGAAGGCAUUGCGUUCGUCUGACGAAGAGGUGGUCUAGAAGCUGCGGGGGGGCUGAAGGAUAGACGUGGUGGAAGGUUUGAGUGAUGGAUGAUAACGUGUGUCGAGCUGAGUAUUUGGAGCUUUAUCU